AUGGCCAUCAUUGACGGAGUAGAGGUUUUUAUAAGUCUCUCCCACAUUCAGAGAGUUCUCCUAGAAUUUGAAAACAUCCUCCCUCUGUUUGUUUCUCAACCUGUUCCUUGGGCUCUCGACUGUAGAACUUCGUCCCAAUACAUCUACGGAGUUCAUCAACAACCUUUCGAGGUCUCCAUACGGAUAAGCGAAGAGGAGGCCAGAACUGGAGGUGCUGACGGUAUUCACAUCACACUUAAAGUUGGUGAAGGAGAAAUUGUGAACCAUUUCUAUUCUAUCAAAUUCUCAGACUUUCAGCGUGAUGCUGAGGGCCGCCUCUGGACCUCCAUUCGGAGUGCCAUCCACGGAACAGAGGCUGGCUAUAAGAACGUUCCCUUUGUGUUUGGGUUUACGGAUAAUCCUACACCCGGUAGUGAGGUCGAGUCAGCUAACUUCAUGGGCCUCUUGGAGGGGGUGAUUGAUGUGACCAUCAUCAAGGUCACUCAUCACCUCCUGCCGCGUCGACUUGCUUCUGUCACUUCCGGCCAUUCCUCCUCUCUCCCCAAUUAUUCCCAGCUCGGAACUAGGGAUUUUACCCCGGUGCUUGUGACGCUCGAAUCCGUCGGGCCUCCCAUAGUCGACGAACAUGUUCGUCCUGCCCCUCGUCCGUUUGGAGAUGGACGUCGUUUUCUCUUUGGCUACCGGGUAUUGAGUGAGUCCCAAAAUCCACGUAUUAAGCCAUACCUCGUCAUAUUUGGACACUAUUUGCCUUUGAUGGCCGAUUGGUAA